GGUGUUCCACGGCACUUCCGGAUCCUAAAUGACUACCGGAGACCUUGACACGCAUAUUGUAUCAUAAAAGAUCCAUAAAUCAAAGAGCUCUGAAGAUACUAGAUCCAGAAGGCACACUCAGAUCACAAAUUCACAUCCUUCAACAUUUCUAACAUUCAUGUCACAUGCAAUCUUCAGAAAGCGGACAAGAAAAUUAAACCAAGACUUUGAAGGAAUGCCACUCGAUACCAUGGAUACUGCGACGGGAGAAGAUGGUGAUAAAUGUGCUUUGAAACUUGAUGAGAUUAAUACAAAGGAUUCUCAACCACAUGAAGAAGAGCCAGAAGAUGAAAACAAAGAUGAUGGAUCUCUUACAUUUAAUCUUGUGCCUGAUGUUGCAAUUGAUAGUGUUGAUGGAAAAGAUGAAGGUCUGAAGAUUAAUCAGUAUGCGUUGAAGAAGACCAUAGCUGAGGGGAUGCUAGAUAUUGCUCUAUUGAUGUCCAAUGCCUGCCAACUAAAGUCCUUAUUGCAGGCAGGGCCAGAUCAUGAGUUUUAUUACUUCCAACUUGUUAUGCUGCUUAUGUCAAUUGUACUACAGGUUUUCACUGGAUUUAUAUUGCUGUAUAUCGGAAAGACAGAUAUCACAGAAAAAAGCAAGGAGAAGAGUCUGGAAAGGUGGAAUAAUAUUUCAACAAUGAUGAUCUUUGCUGUGACUGUCAUCAAUGUGUUUAUAUCUGCAUUUGGGAUCAGUUCCACCACACCAAAAUAAUUCAUUGAAUUAAGUUACUGUUAGUCAACUUAAUUUGAGUGAUUUAAUUUGGCGAAAUUGGUUAAUUGCAAAAAAUUGCCAAUUCAUGUCUUCGCCAAUUUUUCAAAAAUCCCUGGGAAAAACUAAAACAAAUUUUCUGACUGAAAUAGAGUAUUAAAUGCACAUUGCU